AAAGGAAGCGAUUAAUGUUAUUGUGGAAAAAUACGAUUUUUGGCGCUUGAGCGCAUUGGUUCAGUUACUACAUCCCUGAAACCGGAAAGCCACUCGUAGUUGAUACAAAUGAGGAACCUUUUUCUAAAUCGACUCCAAGCCUCAUUCACUCGCUCCUCAAGUUCAAGUCCGCUUUUCCCUUUCUUGCUCUCGUCCCGACGGAAUGCAGUGUCACCACCAAAAGCCAAGGAUGAAGCAGAAAGAGACACUACUGCUAGGGACAACACAGGAUUUUCUAGUGGUCUUAACUGGGCUCUGGCUUUGAAAGGUGUAGCUGUAAUGGGAAAAGCUUUACCUAACUUAAACCCAUCUGAACUAAGGCAACAUGGUGCAAUCAUUGCUGAUCCCUUAUCUGGAUGCCCGCUACAUAUGAGAGGAAAUGUUAUUGGUGAAGCAUCAAAAAUCUCAAAGGCGCAGUUUGGCAAGCUUCUUAAACUGGUGGCGAAUCACCUGUCAUCUGUCCCUAAUAUAUUUGUUCAUGAUGGAGCUAUUGGUUCAUCACCAGACUGUGAUGCAAAGGUUCGAGUGAUAAGUGAUAGUCCUUCGGCAAUACUGUCACUUUCUAAUAUUCUCUAUGAGACUCACACUCGAUCAGUUUCACAUGAUUCUUGUCCAUUGACUGUUUAUGUAGCCACAUCUAUAAGUUCUUCUUUGAUGAAGGCUAUUAGUGUGGAAUAUCAGUCAAAUAAUGGAUUUGUAGCUGCAGAUAUUGAGAGAUCAUCCAUAAUUCUAUGUGAUAAAGCUUUCUCAGAUGCCAGUGCGAUCAAGAAAGCACUAUUUGCUUUGUCUGAACCUGUGAUAUCUGCAAGAGGAGGCAUUCCUCUACCAGGAAGUUCUGAAUGCAUCCCUUCUGUUUCAAAGCUAUCUCCUGGUCAAGCUGCUUAUCAUUUGGUAACCGGUUAUCAAAAUGGGAAAUUUGUGCCUUCAUUCAGCCACGCUCCUUCAUGUAUUGAUCCGCUGGAGCUCGCAAAGGCCCUUCUAGCCAAGCUGAAAGACAAUCAAAUAUCUGCCUACCUGAUUAAUGUCAACAAGGGGGAAAAGACUCUUUCUGGUAAAGAUCUUGUGAAGCUGGUGGAAUCGACUCUUUCUAAAGAUGUCCCGCCAUUCCAUACUAAAGGUGGAGAUCUUAAAAGAAAGUACAAGACAUUUCUGUCAAAGAUGUAUCCAGGGCUGCCUGAGGAAUUUACAUUCUGA